UCAAUCAAUCAAUCAAUCAUAAUCCCAAAGAAAGAGUCCAAUCCAUCUCCAUUUCCACCACCACCACCACUACCACCACCACCACCAUCAGCCACUACCAGCCGCCCACAAAAGUAAACGCUUAAUAAUAAUAUUCAUAUCACAAAAUGAUGCUUCUUUAUGAAUAUUUGUAUUUUAAUAUCAUUAGUGACCAAUCGUCAGCCUCACACACUCUCUCUCUCUAAAUUUAUUAUCUUUUCCUGCUUUUAGUCAAUGGCUUUUUUACAACUCCCAUCUCCAAAUCUUUGUAUCAGUUUGCUUAGAUACGGGCUAAUUAUGUUCUUAUGGGAACGAUGGUGAAACAUGUUAACUUUUCAGUUAUGGUCUCGUCUAUUCUCGUACUGGUUUUCUUACUUUUGAUUCAUUCUUGCUAUGUUGGAGCUGUCUGUAAUCAAGAUGAUCAUAAUUCUCUCUUGGUUUUCUUGUCAAACACGUCAGCUUCACCUCCUUUGAAUUGGCUUUCUUCUGAUUCUGUUGAUUGCUGCUCUUGGGAAGGUAUUGUUUGUGAUGGAGAUGAUCGAGUUGUUGGUGUUUUGCUGCCUUUUAGAGGUAUCAGUGGAACUCUACCGGAUUCUGUUCCUAAUCUGACUCGUUUGAGUAAUCUCAACCUGUCUCAUAAUGGCCUGACCGGUCGGGUUCCGGCCGGAUUCUUCUCUCUUAGUAGUCUCCAGAUUCUUGAUCUGAGCUACAAUCGUUUCCAUGGAGAUUUGCCAUCAAUUGGUGAUAGCAGCAACAGAACUAUGGCUAUCCAAGAAGUGGACUUAUCUAGCAAUCAGUUUGAUGGGGUAAUUCAAUCCAAUUCAUUUCUUCAGUUUGCUGGAAAUUUGAGUAGAUUCAAUGUCAGCAACAACAGCUUUACAGGCCGAAUUCCAUCUAAUAUAUGUCUUGUUUCUUCGCGCACCAUGACGGUUCUUGACUUCUCCAACAAUGAUUUUAGUGGAGAAAUUCCACUGGGGAUAGGUAAAUGUUCCAAUCUGAGGAUUUUCUCUGCAGGUUUCAAUAAUCUAUGGGGGAGUAUUCCUGAAGAUAUUUACCAAGCAGUCAUGCUUGAACGACUCUCCUUGCCUCUCAACAAUCUAUCUGGUAACAUCAGUAAUGCACUGGUGAACCUAAAAGACCUCAGGAUUCUUGAUCUUUAUUCCAAUAAUUUGGCUGGCACGAUACCUCAAGAUAUCGGCAACUUAACCAACUUGGAACAGCUGCAGCUUCAUAUCAACAAGCUCACUGGAACAAUCCCGUCAUCACUAACAAACUGUAUCAAACUUGUUACACUAAAUUUGCGGGUGAAUUUGUUGAAAGGGAAGCUCUCUGAGUUUGAUUUCUCCAGGUUCGGCCAACUCAGCAUCCUAGAUCUUGGUAACAAUAACUUUACAGGUACUUUGCCCACAACCCUUUAUUCAUGUACUAAGCUAGCUGCCGUUAGACUUGCCUUUAACCAAUUGGAGGGGCAGUUUUCACCUGAUAUACAAAAAGUGGAAUCAUUGUCUUUCUUGUCCGUUUCAUACAAUAACUUGACCAAUCUUACCGGGGCUAUCCAAAUUAUGAUGGGUUGCAAGAACCUCACUACUUUGAUCCUCUCGGUGAAUUUCUUAAAUGAAAAAAUACCAGAUGAUCAAGACAUAGGAGACUUGAAUGGAUUCCAAAAUCUCCAAGUUCUUGCAAUUGGCGCUUCCAAACUCUCCGGCCAAGUGCCCACAUGGCUAAGGAAACUCAAGGACCUAGAGGUAUUGGACUUAUCUGUUAAUCGACUUACAGGCUCUGUUCCCAGUUGGUUGGCUGGUCUAGAAAACCUGUUCUACCUAGAAUUGUCCAAUAAUCUCCUUACAGGUGGAUUGCCAAAGGAACUUGGAGGAUUGCAGACACUAGCAUCACGCGGGGCAAAUGAACUAAUAGACCGCAGUUAUCUACCUUUGCCUGUGUUUGCGCAGCCUGCUAAUGCUACCUAUCAGCAGUACAAUCAGCUCUCUAGCCUGCCACCAGCUAUAUAUGUGGGAAACAACAGGCUCAGUGGUGAAAUCCCUAAAGAAAUUGGCCAACUGAAGUUUAUUCAUGUGCUGGAUCUCAGAAAUAACAACUUCUCUGGCAACAUUCCUGAUGAAUUAUCAAAUCUCACCAACUUGGAGACAUUGAAUCUUGCUGGAAACCAACUUUCUGGAGAAAUACCUGCGUCACUAAGUGGUCUGCAUUUCUUGUCUUCAUUCGAUGUCUCCGAUAAUGAUCUUCAAGGACCUAUACCAUCUGGAAGUCAGUUUGAUACAUUCCCAGCUUCCAGCUUUGUAGGGAAUCCUGGAUUAUGUGGUCUUUCUAUACAGCGUUCUUGCUCAGGUUCAUCAGGGCCCGGCCACCGUUCUGCACAUAAAAACGCAAAUGUGAAACUUAUUGUUGCACUAGUUGUUGGAGUUUGUUUCGGAACUGGUUUACUCAUUGCUAUACUAGCACUGUGGAUAUUGUCCAAGAGAAGGAUCAUUCCAGGAGAGGACUCUGACGAUGUAGAGAUGGACAGACUACCCAACAACUCCGAUUCUGGAUUUCCUCCUGAAGCCGGCAAGGAUACAAGCCUAGUUAUAUUUCCAAACAACACAGAAGAGAUCAAGGAUCUAACCAUUAGCGAACUCUUAAAAGCCACUGAUAAUUUCAAUCAAGCAAACAUUGUUGGCUGUGGAGGCUUUGGUUUGGUCUACAAAGCAACAUUUGCAAAUGGGGUCAAGUUGGCUGUCAAGAAACUCUCGGGAGAUACAGGACUCAUGGAAAGAGAGUUUAAAGCUGAAGUAGAAGCUCUCUCCACAGCCCAACACGAGAACGUGGUUUCCUUGCAGGGUUAUUGUGUGCACGAGGGCUUUCGACUGCUUAUAUAUUCCUAUAUGGAGAACGGAAGUCUGGAUUACUGGUUGCACGAGAAGCCUGAUGGGGCAUCCAAACUAGAUUGGCCAACUCGACUAAAUAUUGCCAGGGGCGCCAGUUAUGGUUUGGCUUAUAUGCACCAGAUAUGCGAACCACACAUUGUCCAUCGCGACAUCAAGUCCAGCAAUAUCCUUCUUGACGAUAAAUUUGAGGCACACGUCGCAGAUUUUGGAUUGGCCAGAUUGAUUCUUCCUUAUCAAACUCAUGUGUCAACCGAGCUAGUCGGUACUCUAGGUUACAUUCCCCCAGAGUAUGGACAAGCAUGGGUAGCCACAUUAAGAGGCGAUAUGUACAGUUUUGGGGUCGUUAUGCUCGAGCUGCUCACAGGAAAGAGACCUGUGGAUGCUUUCAAGCCAAAGAUGUCGAGGGAACUCGUUGUCUGGGUCCAACAAACAAGAAUCGCGGGUAAACAAGACGAAAUCUUCGAUCCCCACCUGAAGGGGAAGGGAUUUGAUGAUGAGUUGUUGCAAGUGCUAGAGUUGGCAUGCAUGUGUGUCAACCAAAACCCAUUCAAGAGACCAACCAUCAAGGAAGUUGUAACCUGGCUAACCAAUGUGGGAGCACACAGACACCAAAAUAUGAGCUAAUGUAAAUGCCUUAAUGCACAUAAUAUUUUGAAAAGAUGAAUAUAGCUGCACAAAAUGUGGGUUUAUGAA